AUGAGGAAUAUACAAUCCUAUAUUAUAACAUGCAAAAGGAGUAGGAAAAAGAGAAAGAUACAAUACCAAGAGGGGACGAGCCAACAGAGGGGCCAGGGAGAAUUAAUCCUACAAAUUCAGCCGUGGGGGAGAAUCGAAAUAUCCUUGCAUGAAAAGAUCGAACCAGAGGGGGACACAAUACGAUAA